AGUGCAGCAAAGAGAAAGAUCCGUCUAAAAAUAUUAGUAAAAGUGUUAAAAGAAAGUGUUAGCAGUACUAAUUUACAAAAUUGUGCUACAUUGAGAUAGCCAUAGGAGCAACUGUAAACGCACAGUAGGAAAGAGAGGACUACGAAAUGCCGGUCGAUAUUUGUAGUCAACCCCACACUUUGCUCAGUACAAGAAGCGGAACAACAGAUACCUCGCUGUCGUUAAACUCAUUGUCCCUGACGUCUGCUCUGCCGCCGACCGAUACAGAUCUUCAUCAUACACCUCACAACAUGAACAAAUUGUGUCGCCAAGUGUCAAUUGAGUCGCCCGGGCCGGGGGCUAAAAACUGCGUCUUCAACUUUUUUGUGCCCAUCGAGGACACGCCAGCACUGGGUGCUCGGAUCAGGAUUGUGUGCGCAGGCGCAUGCUACCGCCGACGGGAUCGCUCCAAUUCUAUAACCAGCAUGUCGUCAGUGUCCUCAGAGUUGAGCGAUUACUGUCCGUCGGUGAAUUCGAUGUCGCCCGCUCACCAGGGCAUUCGAGAGGGCUCGUUCUUUCCGGGCUUCGAGGUAGCAGGCGUAAUUGAGGCCCUUGGCUCAGAGGUCACAGAAACCAACAACUGUGGACUGCGGAUCGGACAGCGCGUUAUUGUCUAUCCGUUCGAUGAGACCCCGGCCGGUUAUGCCGAGCUCCUGGUGGUACCCGAUUUGAAGCACAUCGUGCCCAUACCCGACAGCCUGCCAAUGGAGGUGGCGGCUAUGCUGCCCACGGGCGCCCUAUUGGCCAUGAACGCCGUCUUCAAGGCCCAAGCCGUGGUCACACAGAUCCUCGCUCAGCGCGCAAGCUCUGAUCCAAAGAAGAAGUGCAAAAUCCUAAUUGUCGGAACUGGCGGUCUUGCACUGUGGGCAGUGCGUAUUGCUUCCUAUCAUUUUGCCUUGGCUGGCGCCGAUAAUGUGGACAUCACAGUGGCUAGUCUUCGAGACGAGGGCUUCCGUUUGGCCACAGAAAUUAAGAAUGUCAGUGUUGUUCAGUGGAAUGAAUGCUUGUAUGAGCCACAGCUUAUUGAGCGCACCAAGGAUGUAUGCGGUGGGGCUGUCGAUGUGGUGAUUGACUUUGGUACAACUUCCAGAAGUCUCCAUCGGUCCAUGCACUGCCUGUCUAAGGGUGGUGUGGUCUUGAUCAGCGACGAGGUGGCCGAGAAGUUGCUACCAAAGUUUUCAAGGCUGUCGAACGAGUACCAGCAGGAGAUUACACCAAUUUCAAAUGGUACCGCCGAACAGCUGGCGGAACUGGUGGAGCUGGUUGCCACAAAGAAGAUUGAGCCGCCGCCACACUCCGUGUUCCCCUGCGAGCAGGCCGCCGAGGUUAUCCAGAAGCUGUGUAACUCCGAAAUACCAGGACGCGCCAUUCUUCGCUUCCACGACAUAGAAUAGACGUUGGGUCGGAGGCCAAGCAGCAUAUUCUCUGCUAUCAAAACAUUAAUUCAUUCAAUAUCGAUAUUUGUUAGUUGUAUUCAAGUGACACACAACCACAAAACACUGCAAGCAACCUGCAACACUCUCGAAGCGGAUUAAAUUGUGCUUAAUUUGUUGUUGGCUCUUGUUUUGUAACAUUAUUUAGGACUGUAGCCAUACGCAGUGAUGCUUAUCCUCAUUUCGUUUCAUUGAUUUGAUUUAGAGUUCUAAGAAUUUUGAGUAUUAUUGUAUGUACAUAUAGAUUGUGAUUUAUUUUAUUUUUAAGCAAACCAAACCAAACCACACCCGAGAUACUCGUACUUUUGCGUAUAUGAGUACAGGUCAUCCAACACUAACUUAACCCCAAACAACCCAAUGAGAAUCAGUAGUCGAAUAUUAUGCUUCUUUAAUGAUUUAGUACAGGACACAAAGCAGAAGCGGAUUACAGAAUAAAUGUUAUACGUAUUAUACAUAAAA